AUGGAAAGCUCAGAAACUCUGGUGGGCCUUCGUGGCUUAUACCAGGAUCUUUCUGCCAUUUCCGACUCAUCCUUUGUCAACAUUGAGCGCCUCCGCAUCGAGCUUGAAACUCAUAUUCAAGAUUUCAGGGACCUGCUCGACAAGCCCACAAAAAACAACGCGAGUCGGCAGGCCGUUUUGUCAGGCAAAAUCACGAUCGAGGAUGUGGAAUACUCAAUCAACCAAGAAUUUCAACAGGGAGCACUUCAGCUUGCUGAUGCUCUUGACAUUGAUGAAUUACAAGCAGCGGUGUUGUUCCUCAGCGCCCAAGAUGAUGCUCAGGUGCUCGACCGUCCUCCUCUAAUUGCUGCGAUCAUGCGAUUCCACGAACGUCGUCACUUCUUGCUAGAAUCAUUGCGCCUUAUCUUCCAGGAGUCUUUCGAAGUGGAGCGAGAAACAACACAAGUCCUCAUGCAAGAGAUGCUGGCUCAUGUGGUGGAAAUCAAGGAAGGUCAGCUACGGAACGCGUCGCUGUUUACGCGAAAAUGCAUGAAGUCAAUGGAGAAUAUCGAGAAAUGGCUUGCCCUCCUUGGAGAACAGGUCCAAAAGGUCUCGAUUGUUGGCCAAUCAGAGGAUCAGGAUAUUAUGGAGGCCAUUGAGUACCAGCAUAGCAGUUUACUGCAACAGCACGAAUCACUCGGCGCCGUUCUCUGUUACCUAUUCAAAGGGCCAUAUACAAGUCCUGAGGACCUUCGCAUAUUUUUGACCCAACUCAAAAAGCUCGAGCGGUUUGAUGGACUCCUAAUCCAUUAUGUUCCCGCGAUUAUAUCUGCCUUUGUUCAACAUGGAUCUCCUGAGCGUUCCGGGUCCUACACAGAGGCCCGGAGUCUAAAUACGGCCAUUGUCUCUUCGAAAGAUGGACAGAAUUGGGCUCUCCCUCCCUUCCACUCAGCGGUGAUUGCACUCUGGCUCGCGGUAUACAGUGCGUGGGAUUUCGAUGGCCCAGCAUCGCUUCCUCACGGAAUCGACCUCGAAAAGGAAAUCGAGGAACGCACAAAAACGUUCAUGACCGCCUUAGACGACGGAGGUCUAGAUCUCAUACUUGCCAUCUGUUCAGGGGUGAGCAGUGAAGAAUGGAGUGAUCCGGCUCGCAGCGAACUAGUCACACUGCUCUUGAAGGAAAGCGCAUCCGCAACGAUCGAAAGGGAUUCGUGCUCUGGAUAUUUGAAAGCUCUGUUGAUGGAAUAUUUUGAGGCUUUCGCAGAAUCUUGUAUCGCAAAUAUGCCCGAUGCCGUUCGAAAGCUAAAAGCCGAAGAAGAUCUACAACGGCUGGAACAGAUCACGGCUCUUCGGGACGGAUUGAGCUCUAGCCUCCACCGGGGAGUGGUUGAGGCCCGAACACAUCUCGAAUCUUUCCUCAUGGUCAUGGCAUUCGCAUUCGAGGGUCGACCAGAUGCGGCCCAGGAAUUCUGGGCUGAUCCUGAUGGAAAUCUUUACGGAUUUCUCCAGUGGGCCUCGAAACGACAGACUGUUCCCAGGGUCAGCGCAUUCUGCGAAUUACUGUGCUCUAUCUCUGGAGGAGAAGACAAUGCUGCUGCCGCACAUAGAUUCCUUUCGGAGGAAGACAAGUUUAUGUCCUCGAAAUUUAAACGUUCCACCACUAUGAACUGGUCGCAAAUGUUCGCCGAGCUUCAGAUAUAUGCUACAAGAGUUACCGAAAAGGCUCCGGCAUCCCAAGGGGUCCUGCGCGCGCGGAAGUCUGAACCAGCGGACAUGAGUGAACCCGAGAGUCCUGUCAUGCUUUCGUGCUACCUCAGACUCCUAGGGCAUUUGUCCAGACAGGGCGCCACUGUCCGGGAGUGGAUGCUCCACCAUCCAUCAUUCAACAUUGUUAGCACCCUGCUGACCCUUUGUAGUGGCCCAAUACCCACUCACUUAAGAGCCACUGUUUUCCAAGCGCUUGCGGCCUUGAUGACUGAUAGGACUUCGAUUAACGGCAAUGAGAUGUGGCUCACGGUUGAUCAGUGGAUUUCGGGUGGCGCGAUGAGCGCUUCCGGCCUCAAUAAAGUGCCUAUCGCCUCGAAUCCUCUUGUAUGGCACGAGCAGCAAGCUUUCCAGAAAAUUGGCGAAAGCUUCGACCAAGCAAAUGCUUUUGUGGUGCUAAUACACUCUCUUGUUUCUCCGGCCAUCGAUUCAGCCGAUUAUCACCUCUCUUUACCAUUCCCCGAAGCCCUAGGUUCGUCCUAUCGCAUGCCAGGUAUCGAACCUUACAUAGACUUCAUCUUGGGUCAGGCAUUGUCGAGAAGAGUUCCUGAUCUCAAUGAACGCCAAACAAGAUUACUUACCUAUAAUUGCUUGGACUUUAUCGUGACAUGUCUGACAUCCUUUAACGAAACCCUCGUUACCGUUCUGAGUCGGCCUUCCGUUUCACCAGACUCGGCCCUUAAGAAUUCAUCACUAGUCUCUUACGUCCGGCUUCAUCCAUUCACACGGGUAGCUGAGUGGUUAUUCAACGAAGAUGUGGUAAAAGUGAUAUUUGCAACAGCCCAGCAAGAUGUAGCUGAAAUCGCGAAGGCUGCGUCGGACUCAAUCCUGGUUCUGUCCUUAGUCAAGAGCAUUCAAAUCAUGGAUAUGAUAUUGGAUCUCCAGUCCACCUAUUUUAAUAUUGUUCGCCCGUUCAUCAAGUCACAAGCAGGUGGAAGCCGAAUCAACGUUGCAAACUCGUCGCUAUCAGCCUUCGAGGACUGCAUCUUGAACAACUUGAACAUUAUCUCCUCCUUGUGUCUCUACUGCAGUACUGGACACCAACAGCUUACGGUCACAUCGAUGGCACUUCUGGAGAAGCUGUCCAGCUCCGGAAGACUGAACAAGCUCUCGUCCCCCGAAUUAUCCAGGUGGCGGUCAUCGAACAAGAUUGUUGAAGUGCUGAGCACAGAAGUGGAUGUGGACAGUGUGUCUCGUCCACUUGUAUCACAAAUGCAACCCGAGCUCCGAGAGCUUGAGUUUGGUGCCCAAUCCUCAGGGUACAUUAUACGCGAAAGCCUGUUGGCACUCCUCAAUAGUUGUCUCGGUAUGAUCACCGAUCGGCCAACCGUAGCCCAUCUCCUCCUUGGUUUCAGCAGUGUGGGCAAUACCCUAGAUGUUCCCCCCGACGGCUUAUUUUCCAAUCGAAUGUCUCUGCUGCAUGCCAUAAUAGGAUUCUUGCACAGCUACCCUGAUGAGCUUGCUGGAAAUAUUUUGCCUUGGACGGUCCGCCUGAAGCGUACGGCGCUCGAAGUGUUGAAGCACCUCUGGUCCUCUAAACUUUCUUCCUACUUCACAUUAGCGGAGAUGCGCGCUAGUGGAUUUCUCCUCAGUAUGUUUUCCAGCCAGCCUCUAAUAGGACCAAACACCAUAUGGGAUGGACUUCCGGUCUCCGCAGAAGAAUUCUGGGUAUGCGAAUCGACGACAGCCCUAGCGGAAUUCCUCUUAUACAGAUGCUACCUAUUUGACUACGUAGCGACAGAGAUCCGCUCAGCCGCAAAGAUUGGUUCGCCAACUCUCCAAGCAGAUAUUCUUUCGAUUUUAUUUGGAAGUUCUAUCUCAGAGACAGGAGCAGGGGUUCCGAAUCCGACCAUUUUUGACCUGUUCGAUUUUGCCGAUCUUGAUCUUCAGCGCCACUUCCAGCCUCCCCAGCUGGGGUUCCUCGACGGUAUUGCUAUCGAUACCUGCGCGAAACCUCAAUCGGAUGACUCACUUGUCUUAUAUGAUGUGGCCGAGGUAGAAGAGCUCAUACGAGUCAUGAGAGAGGAGCAGGUGACCCAAGGCCAUCUGCGACCGCAAGAUGAGGAACAGUUUGCAGUGGAAGCAGAAAGCCUAAUGCUGUUCAUCCAAUCGACAAACCAGUCUAGACAGAUUAGAUUUAAUCGUCACUUAGCUCUCCGUGCCUGGACUGAGCUUAUAACGACGAUACUUACUUGUUCUGACAUUGAUGGGGGCCGAAAAUCCACAUUCAUACUGCAUUCCAUACAGUUGAUUAUCCCUAAACUCGAGGUCGCUAUCGAGGAGAACCUCCCGGAAGGAAUCGAGUUGGCACGGCUAGCUGAAACUCUCGUUGGUAAGCUGGAGCCAACGGCAACAAAAACCACUUCAUCACGACGAAAUGGAGAUAUUGUCGAUGAAAAGCUCCAUCAGCUGUUCCAAAUUUGUGUUCGAGGCAUUGUGCUGGCAACUGGGAAUUUCCACAUGAAGGAGACCUUCUACAACAUCUGCUCACACUACAUUUCGCGUAUUGUGUCUCCAGGAACUGGACAUGAGAACAUGAGACAUCACAGCCAGCAAGUUGUCAAGGCCUCGGGUCGUGCCUUGAUUGAGACGAUUUGCGACGAUGCUUACAGUGGUCAGGAAACAUGCCGAGUCUCGGCUUUAUUAUUUCUCAAUUUCCUGGCCGCAUUAGAUCGGCAUGCAGACUCUGUGUUGGCAGAGUCAAUAUCUCAAUCCAAUUACCUCAGUUUAUUUUUGGACAGCAUCAGAGCGCUACCACUCGAGCUAAAGAACGCACAAGCGAAUGGUAAGCAUCUCCAGAACUCUUCCCUGCACACCGCUGCUGAACAUAUGACCCCAGAUACUCCUUUACUAUUAUCAUAUUACGAGUCAUUAUUAUCAUUACUUCAAGAACUUUGCCAGACAAAAACGGGUGCAAUUCAUGUUCUCAAGACUGGCCUGUUCCAGGCGGUACGAGAUUCACAUCUAUUCGCUGCGGACCCAGACCUUGGUAUUGAUAUUGAUAACCCCGAUGCUCUCCGAAAGUACUACGAUCUCCUUGACUCGGUCCUGCGGGUCAUUGUCACGGCAGUAUUCUCCCGCGGGCUUCACAACGAGCAGAUGAUGGAGCAAACACGAGCUUUCCUCGCGGAGAAUCGACAAAGCAUGGUGGGCAUCUUCAAGCGAUUUGCUAAAAUCGGAGGCGCGGGUUCUGCAAAUCAUCAUAGCGCUCUUACCAAUCUUGCGAAGUCGUACACAGCGCUCAUUGCUGCUACAGAAUUUUUAGAGGUAAGCUCCCCUCGUCUUUCUUUGGGUCUUUCCAGCGCUGAAUGUCCUCCCUCGUCAUUUUACUUUGGAAUAGAACCGGGUAGAUGCAGCAGAUCUCGAGAGGCGCCACCGAGCAGAGGAGCGAGGAAGCUCCCAGGUCAGGAGGAGGCACUGCAGCAGUCGCAUCAUCAGUCACCGACCAUCUCGGAGCUCCUCGCCAGAAACCAAGCUGCACACGACGAUCAGCAGCAUUCCUCUCCAUCGAGCAAACGUGCCCGAUUAUCUUCAUCGGAACCAGAUCUCCCACCCUUACCUGUCCCUCCAAAUCAACACAAAUCCGGUAGGAUGUACAGCUUUCCGAGUACGGACCCCAAGUCAAGCGGGUUAGGUGCUCCGGGUGCAAGCGGUCCCGCUCUAUCAACCCCUUCCCUCCAAUCUCGCCCCUUCAAUACGUCAUCGCACCAAAGCAAUUUCACACCCCAUACCGGCGCAAAGAGGCUUGUUGUGAAAAAUCUCCGAACUGGCUCGCGUCUGAAUCAGGAUUCAUACUUUGAUAAGGUGUGGGGUCAGUUGGACGCAGCGCUGUCGGCGAUAUUCAGCGGCGGAAAGCCCGAAGUAUCGAUUGAAGAGCUUUACAAAGGCGCAGAAAAUGUGUGUCGUCAGGGCCGAGCUGCGAUUUUGUCCAAGCGUCUGCAAGGCCAAUGUCGAGAGCAUGUUGCGGGGGAAAUGCAUGAUGCGUUAGUAGAAAAGGCAGAGGCUGGAACCAACAUCGACGCAUUGCGGUCUGUGGUCGAGGCAUGGAAUACUUGGCAAUCAAAACUGGUUACUGUUCGUUGGAUCUUCUACUACCUUGACCAAUCCUUUCUCCUCCACUCCAAGGAAUUCUCGGUUAUCCGCGAAAUGGGGCUGGUGCAGUUCCGCCAACACAUAUAUUCCGACCCUAUCUUGAGACCGAAGAUCUUGAAGGGCGCGUGCGAUCUCGUUGCAGCGGACCGCAGUGAGGAUCAUAGUAUGGUUGCUGAUUCAGCUCUCCUUCGAAAUGCGAUUGAUCUUUUCCACGGACUUGAUGUCUACACUUCUGGGUUUGAGCCUGCUCUCAUUUCGGAAUCCAAUACUUUCUUUACAAUGUGGGCCCAACAAGAAUCAUCAGGAUAUCUAGCCUCUUAUGUUGAAAAGAGCCAUAGCCUCAUCCGGCGUGAAGUGAACCGGUGCGAGUUAUUUUCCUUCAACCGAAGCACGAAGCAGAAACUGUCCGGGCUGCUCGAUCAGACCUUAGUAACAGAGCAAGAAAGUGUGUUAUUGAAUCAAAAUGAUGUGCUUGGGUUGCUACGGGUAACAAAUAAGCUCGCUUUAGAACAGCUUUAUACACUCCUUGGGCGAAAGGAGCUCGGACCUAAGUUGAAGAGUGCUUUCAGCGCAUAUAUUGUCGAGGAGGGAAGCGGUAUUGUUUUCGACGAAGAAAAGGGAGCGGAAAUGGUCGCUCGUCUCCUGCAAUUCAAGAAGCAGCUCGAUGAUACCUGGCAUAAUUCAUUCCAUCGAAAUGAGGAGCUCGGGCACACCCUCCGCGAAGCCUUUGAGACAUUUAUGAAUAAGGGAAAGAAAUCCGAGGCUACUGGGGGAACUGACAACCCGAAGACUGGAGAGAUGAUUGCCAAGUAUGUCGAUCGGCUUCUUCGCGGUGGGUGGAAGCUGGCUCCAGUACGGGGAACGGAAGAUGUGCCACUCACAGACGAAGAUGCCGAAAUAAACCGACAACUAGAUCAAGUGCUAGACCUGUUCCGUUUCGUCCAUGGCAAGGCUGUUUUUGAGGCCUUCUACAAGAAUGAUCUUGCACGUCGACUAUUAAUGGGGAGAAGCGCCAGCGAUGAUGCCGAAAAGAGUAUGCUUGCAAGACUCAAGACAGAAUGUGGCUCAAGUUUCACCCACAACCUCGAGUCCAUGUUCAAGGACAUGGAGGUCGCUCGCGACGAAAUGGCUGCUUAUAGCUCUAUUCAGCGCGAGCGAAGAACCCCGCUCCCAGUAGAUCUACAUGUCAGCGUGCUCUCAGCGGCUGCUUGGCCGACAUACCCCGACGUUCAAGUACUGGUACCUCCUGAAAUUACAUCUGCGGUGAAAGACUUCGAAAAGUUCUACGACAGCAAGUACAAUGGUCGAAAGCUUGCCUGGAAGCACCAGCUGGCCCACUGCCAGCUGCGAGCACGAUUCCCAAAGGGCGAUAAGGAACUAGUAGUGAGCUCAUUCCAGGCAAUUGUCCUGCUCCUGUUCAAUGAAUUGCCUGAUGGCGGGACUCUAAGCUACCGCGACAUUCAAGAAGCAACCAAACUAUCGGACCCAGAGCUCAAACGGACGUUGCAGUCUCUCGCAUGCGCUAAAUACCGCGUUCUCACCAAGAAACCAAAGGGUCGCGACGUAAAUGACACGGACGAGUUUUCCUAUGACCCAACCUUCUCAGACCCAAAGAUGCGGAUCAAGAUCAACCAAAUCCAACUUAAAGAGACAAAGGAGGAGAACAAGACUACGCAUGAACGUGUGGCUGCCGAUCGUCACUAUGAGACCCAGGCUGCCAUCGUGCGGAUUAUGAAGAGUCGCAAGAUGAUAACCCACGCCGAGCUGGUGGCCGAGGUGAUCAAGGCAACUAGAAGCCGUGGCGUACUUGACCCUGUAGACAUCAAGAAAAACAUUGAGAAAUUGAUCGAGAAAGACUAUAUGGAACGCGAGGAGGGGAACCGAUACCAAUAUGUAGCUUAA